GAGGUUGUAAAAUAUGAGGAGGCGGGGCUAACACACUUAACUUGGGUUACCAAAUUAGCCUACUAUUACUAUAAGCAGGUCAUUUUAUUCUCUAGAUCAAGUUUUUAAGUGAACACGAGCUACUUUCUGCGGGUUCUUCGAUGAUUUACUUGCUCGGACUGACACAGGUAGCGUGGAUAUUAAUGAGUAACGUGGAAGUCCGUCGCAAACCAGGAAGACGCUUUAUUGUCUCGUCGAUGGCGCACACUCUUACAUUUUUAGCUCACUGUAACGAGUUUUAAUGUUAAAAAGUCAUGCGAAUUUGGCGGUUUCCGUGCUUUUCACUCCUUUUUGGGUUUUUCCUGUCGUCAUUCCCGGAGCUCACAGGUAGUGCAAAGCUCAAUAUUGAUGUUGAAGCAGGCACAACCAUACGGAUUACUAGUGCCGACAAAAACACACAGUGCAAGGUUUGUAUCGGACAGAACACACAAGAGUUGUGCCAGUCGUCUGUGGUCCUCAGAAGUGGGACGGUUUUGGCCUUCAGCUGCUCACAGCCAGAGAAAGUGUUCACCGUGCAGAUCAUCAGAGAUAAUGUGAUGAAUGACAUUGAACCCAGAGAACACAAUGCCUUGCAAAAGUUCAAUCGCACCUUCAUCUGGAACCUGAAGCCACCGGCCACAAAGAGCUUACAUCUGAAUUUCAGUAGGACUGGUUUACGGCAGAUUCCCCCCACAGACAGCUGCCCAGAUGUUUACAUGCUCGCAGUGGAGAACGUCAGCAUUGGAAAGUUUUGUCAGAAUGGAUCUAUUAGACAAGUCGAUGUGCGUAAUGCUGGAAAACUGUCUUUGGAAGUGUCUGGAGGUCGAGCUCUGGACAAGAAGUUUAUCGGUGUGUCACUGGGACGUCUCAUUAACUCACUGGCUAAUUUCCAUGUUGUGCUCCCAGAGAGGAGUUCAACCCAGGACUUCUUUACCCCAAACGCUUUUCCUGCGAACACCGAGACGAUGUGGUAUUUUACCGUUCCCCAGACGUACUACACUGACGUGCGCAUUCUGAGCCACACUGUCCCAACAUGCCUCCAGUCUCAAAACAUCCCUAAAAUGAAGUACACUUGGCAGGGCAAAGAGCCUUUGGUGAAACUGAUGAAUGUGAGCCAGCCGUCGGUGGAGCCUGGAAACUUUAACCUCUCCAUAAAGAACUGCAGAAUAUCUGGGCCACAAAACCUGAUGGUGCACUUCCAGAUCUCUGCCAUCAAGAGAAGCAAGGGACAAUGUGAAGGGGAUCUGCCUGAGAACCAGGUACUACAGAUACAUGUGAAGAAAAAGGAUCCCAAGUCAACCUGUGUGUUGAAACUGGAUUCGGUCAUAAUGGACACAAUCACCAUCGCUUCAGGGAAACAUUUUGUCCUGAACUCCUUCGACUGUAACAAGGAUGAAGUAGAGCUGACUGUCAGCCAGACCAUAGAAUGUAAAGAAUGGAGAGACUGUGCCUCCACUCCAUUCCCUUUAACGUUCAACUACGAGCAGCAGUGUAUCCCGGGGGUUUUGAAGACGAUCAUCUGGAUCCUUCAAGGUCCUCCGAACAGUGCGGUGGAGCUGCAGUCUCCUGCGGGAGAUCUGCGUUACUGUCCGCCUGAAGACAAAUGCAACAGCAUCCUCCUCCUAAAUGUGUCCCACGUUACCUCUGGCAUCACUCUUGGGCAGUUUUGUCCAAAGGGAACCAUUCAGAAAAUCCAAAUCCGUGAAUCCAAGAUUGCUAUAACUGCCUCCGUCACAAGUUUCAAUGACCGGAAUUUGGCAACUAAACCCUUCUUAACCUAUUCAUUUACACAAGACAUAUCAGAGCACUAUAUAUUCACUGUGGCUCCAAAAAUGGAUAACCCUACGGUGUUGGCGUCCCCAGCCUGGCCGUCUGGCAUGAAAGCGUCUAGCACCGUGUCCUGGAUUGUUAACCUGGAGCCUCAGUUUAAAAGCAGUGUGAAGUUCAGAAAUGUCAGCCAGCCCAAGUGUAAGGAGGUGCACACAAACAUCGCAGUGCAGACCAUUCGCUCUCAAAAGACGCUGUACAGCACUAAAAAAGAUGAGAAGAUUAAGGAUCUCCUGGUUCCAGAAAGUUUUUACCUGAACAUGACUAACUGCAAGUCACCGACAGGAGCCUUCAGGGCGAUGAUGGAGAUCACGCUGCAAAACAGCUCAAGUAAGCUUUUGGGCAUCAUCCUGAGUAUUGUGGGAGUUGUGUUUGUGAUUGUAACAGCCGUUGGGAUCUGGUUUGUUCUCAGGAAGAAGAAGAGGAAGAAGGCUCCCCCAGUGUCCGUCUACAAUCCCAGUGAGCAUGCUUUCCUUCCAGGCCUCCAUGGCAUCCCCAAAGCACAGGAGGAGGAUCCUCACACUUACGCAUACAUCGAUGAAACUCUAGUAUACAGCCAUCUGCUUACAGAUGAUGCUGAAAAAGAAGAAUAUAAAGAAGGCACUACAGAUGAGAGUGAUCCACCUCUGAGUGCCCCAGCUUUACCAGUCAGAAACGCUGAAAACCCUGUCACUAAAAGCAACGCCUUGUUUGACGAUGAGCUGUGUGGUUAUGUUCAGGGACAAUCAAAUACAUCCUCCUCACUGAAGACUUCCCAAGAGGAAGGGAACUAUGAAACCAGACUGUUUGUGUGAGGGGAAAGGUCCUGAUGAAAUCAAAUUUUCUACUUUUAACGAAUGUUUGUUUGUUUUUGUUUUUUUAGCUGUCCAUCUACGAUGUUUUUAUAUUUAGUGAUUUUAUGUGUGAACAGCCUGCUUGCGUUAUAGAUGGUAUGUUUAUUUAUCUACAACUUGAAAAGAGAUGGUUUCUCUUGAAAAAGAUGGAAAUAUGACUGAAAACAGUUUGUGAUUGGGCCUUGUACCUUGGAAAUCCAUCUGUGACAUCAAAAUCCAGCCAAAAAUUAUGUAGUGUGUGCUUGCCCAAAAAUGAAAAUGAUGUCAUUAAUUAUUCACCCUCAUGUUGUUCCAAACCCAUAAGACCUUCGUUCGUCUACAGAACACAAAUUAAGAUAUUUCUGAUGAAAUCUGAGAGCUAUCCGACCCUCCAUAGACAGCAGUGCAACUGAAAUGUUGCCAGGUCCUGAAGUGUAGUAAAUACAUCAGUAAAACCGUGCAUGUGAACAUCAGUGGCUCAACUUCAGUUAUAUAAAGUGCUACGAGAAUCCUGUUUCUUGUGCAAAGAAAACAAAAAUAACAAUUUACGCACCCAUUCUUCUUACGUCUUGUGCCACUUUGGAGAGCACCCAAGAACGUAUUGGAUGUAUUCAGCGUUGUUUAAACUUAGGGGAACUCGUGUGUAUGCACUGUAAUACUCUCCAAAAUGGCCGAAGAUGUAACUCGAGGGCGAAGAAUGGUUGCGUAAAUUAUUUUUGUUUUCUUUGCACAAGAAAAAGGAUUCUCGUAGCAUCGAAAAAAAACUGAAAUUGUUUUCGAAAAAAUAACACUUUUAACUGGGAACAUUUCAGUUGGAUUGCGGUCUAUGGCUCUCCGAUUUCAUCUAAAAUAUCUUAAUUUGUGUUCUGAUGAACGAAGGUCUUCUGGGUUUGGAGCGACAUGAGGGUGAAUAAUUAAUGACAUCAUUUUCAUUUUGGGGUGAAUUAACCCUUUACGUGUCAAGAUCAACGAUGGACGAUUCCAACUCUAUCUCUGGGAAAAGUAAAUGUUUUACUAUGUGGCGAUUUUGUGUUGGGGGAAAAGGUCUACCCCUAAGGCUAACUUUCAAUGGGACACCAGCUGAUUGUAUGACAAUGUAUGAAUGAGAUUUUCGUCAUCGGAUUGGUUGAAUUACAGUUUGUUUUUUUGUUUUUUUAAUACCAUCAUGAAUUCAGACUUGUUACUCUUUAGGAAAGUCUUUGAUUUUGGACGCAGUGAAUAUGUGAGUUUAAACAUUGGCAGUAUUUGUGAUAAUGAAGUAAAGUCAAACAAAGUCAACAACAAAAA